AUGACGAGGAUACUCGAACGACUAGCAUUCUGGAGGAAGAAACAGCCACGAUCAGAACUCAACAACAGAAACCAACCAUCAUCAUCAAGACCAUUACCACCCAUACAACCCACUGCACUAUCAACACCCCUCGAAAACCAAACUUCAUUCCUAGUACCCGACCUAGAUGAUAUCAGACCAUUCGUCACAAGCACUAGCAACCCGAUCUCGAUGAGGGACUUACUCAAUGCCAUCUCAGCCAGCAAUCAUCAACCAGCAAUCCAACAGAUCCCCUCAACCGAAGCAUGCUCAGCUGACCAACUCAACGUCCAACUCAAGUACAACCAACUCAGCAUCAGAUCAAAAAGGAAGCGAGAUGAAGCUGACCAACAAUCCAAUCAAUCCAUCGAAUCAAACCAAUUCAACUCAUUCUCAUCCUACAACUCACACAACCAACCAGGCACCAUCUGUCGGGCUACUCAUAUCGCCAUCACAUCCUCAGAUACCCCUCCUCAGUUCAAGAAACCCAAACUAGUCACCAUCAGCUCUAGCGAAGACCUCGAGCAGCUCCACAAUCAACUCGACUGCUCGCAACCACCACCACCACCACCAUCAUCAUCAUCAUCAUCAUCGCGUCAACAUCAAAUCCGUCGCUCAUCUGCACCUCAACCCAUCCUCGGUCUCCCCUCUCACAUCUGGUAUCAGAUCUUCCUCUACAAUCAACUCGACACCAUCCAAGCCCUCAUUCCCGAACAUCCAUCCUCCUCCUCCUCAUCAUCAUCAAACAAAGCAUCAACACUCCAAUCCACCAACUCCAUUCGAUCUCCCAAGGCACUCUCCACACACCUCAAGCUCGCCCUGGAAGCACAACAGAACCGACACGCCUUGAUCGGCCUCUGCAAGACUCUCAGCCCCAUUGCCCGCAAGGCCGCCUGGUCUACCCUCCUCUUGGGUACCGCCAAGAUGGUCGAUCAGAUCGCACAGAGGUUCGAAGCCGACAGCCAUCUGGCCAAUCAGGUCCAGACCUGCAUCAUCACCCUAUUACCUCCACCCCGAGGAAGAACAGGACCCCAGUUCGAUUCCCCCCGUCGAUCAACACCAGGCGCAACUGAGAAUGUUUCUUCUAAACCCUCCCCUCUUACGCCCAAGCAACCCGGCAGAUCCUCCCAUCCGUCGGUCCGAAAAAUUCAGAACCAACCCACCCAGAACCGGACCCCUCCUACUAGUCGACAGUCCUUGCCGUUGGCUAGACAGGCCUUGAUCAGCUCUCGCUCGGGACAAAAGUGUGAGAGGUUCCACUCAGUCCUGAUUCCCUCCCUGCCACCGGACAAGAAAGUAACGACGAGUCGGAAUACUAAGUUAAAUUCUCUCUCGCCCCUCGACGACCCCCAACAACCAAGACGUGCUCGAACUGAGGCUGACGGCGUCGGCGAGGGACCCGAGUCGGAAGCAUACUUGGACGAGAUCGUCCUCGCCGGUAGUCUUCCUUCCUUAUUCCUCUCCUUGGCCCGCUCGAUGAAGCUUUGCUGUCUAAUCGGCGAGGAGCGACUAGGAACGCGCGGUCUCAAAUCGCUUAGCGUCUUAUCCGGAUUACUUGGUGGGCUGGAGGAGCUGUAUGUCGAGGGUGGUGGACAGUUCCACGAUCUGGUGACGCUCGUUGACGGGCUUCGGUCCAGCACGAUCCGCGGCAAGGGUGCCGCCCUACGCACCGUCUCGGUCACUGGACCCCAUUCCACCCUCUCCAGGAUCCCUUCGCACUCCUCGACAGCAGAAUCCGCACGCUCAACGCUCACCUGUCCACUGUCACAGUCGAGCACGUCGUCUAACAAGCCGACUCAAAGCCACCUCUCGCUCGAGCAUCUGGUGCUUGGGAACGGGAUCCCCCUAACGCCAGAGCGACUGCACUGGCUGGUCGUCUCCGCGACGGGCUCUCCGCGGGGUCUCCGAAGCUUGAGGGUGUGUCUGCAGGCGGACAUGGACCAACCGAGUCUGUCGUCGUCGGUGAGCUCAAGCAGUUCGAGCGGGUCGGGACGACGGAUGUUGAGCGGUCGGGCCUUGCUGAGUCGGACCUUCGAGCGUGUCGGGGGGAGUUUGGAGUGGCUGGCGUUGGACGAAGAUUGGAACGCCCCCCUGACCGGUCGACUGACGCGGAAGGUCAGUUUCGCCGGCCAACCAGGCGAAGGCAUACUCGAAGAGCCCGUUGCAUUCUGUUCCCGAUUGACCGUCCUCAGUCUUCCGGACGGUCCAUUAUGUUCAACCGGCCUGCUCUCAGUCUUGCCCUUCACACUCCAGACGAUCGAGAUCUUUGAUUCGGGAGCUCCUUCGAAUGACGACCUGAGCCAUUCCUCGAGCUUCUCGGCUCAUGAACUCUGGCUAGCUCACUCGCAGGCGGCCCUCUUCGGCCUCAAAACCGUCCAGAUCGUCGCCGAUUCUUCGACCCAUUCCCUCUUCCGUAAAUGGAAACGGGCGCCUUCUGAUGCGCUCGAUCAUUUGAUUAGGGCUGGCGUUCAGUUCCGCUGGAUCUCGGCUCCUUCUUCCUCUUAGCUCUUUUUCUCUCCUUUUAGCUCUUUCUCUCUCUCUCUAUUCUUCCCAUCCAUUCGUUCAAUACUUCGAUCUCUCUCUGUCAGUCUGUCUUCGAUUCCAGCGUUGCUUAUUUCAAGCCAUCUGUGUCUCUCGUUAAAUCAUUCUUCUUCUUCCAUUUACUCUUUCUCGUUCAUUUACGCACCUUUUUUUUUCUUGGACAUACACUCUCCUUCUUUAUCUUUUGUGUCCUUCUGCUUCUUCCAUAUAUAUUCAAAUUUUACUAUCAGGUCGAAAACAAAAACUUCACAAUAAAAACUCUUGAAUACUUCCGUUUGUUUCCCUUUUUGACAUAACAAAUGUACACGCACCAUCAUUGUUCGGUAACCGUAAAUUAAAAAGAAGAGGAGAAGGGGGAGGAGCUUCAGGAAUGGGAGCUAGGGCUUAUAUAAUCAUCUUGAAUAUUUUCUUUUUCUUCUCUCAUUUUUAACUGUUGUUGUCACUAAUCAAUCAAAUAACCUUUCAUUCAUCCGUCACAAUUUCUUCUUCUUCUUUUCUGUCUCUCCAUCAUUAAGUUGUUCAACCGUUUUUUUUUUUGGGGGGGGCUCUAAUUCUUUUUUUUUUUUUUAGAAAAUUGGUACUCCGAUCACAAACUCAUUCAACUUUUUCAAGACAUUCAUUUGGUUGUUUCUUCUUUUUGUGUGAUCUUUUUUUUUUUUUCUUUCUGAUUUUUUUUGUCUAGGUCUGAUCUUUCUUUUUUUCUCUUCGUUUCAAAACAAAAGAACACCUGUGCUAGAAAUAUCAAGAUACACCCUCAUUUUUCUCCUUCUGAGUGAUGAUUGAAUGAGACGACAGUCCCCG